UAAGCUACUUGGAUUCCGUUUCAUCUCUCUUCAUACCAUCUCCAAGAUUUCAGCAGCUUCUACCCUUGCUUAGUAAACUGAAAGCAUGUUUCUUGCAAAGGCUGUUUUGGAAGGGGCAGACCGAGGUCUUGGAGAAGCUCUUGGAGGCCUUUUUGGAGGAAGCGGUCAGAGAAGAGGUAGAGGAGGAGGAGGAGGAAACAUCGGAGGGAUCUUCGGAGGAAUUGUGAAUCUUAUCAGUGAGGCUGCCGCAGCUCAGUAUACUCCAGAGCCACCCCCCACUCAGCAGCAUUUCACCAACGUGGAAGCCUCAGAAAGUGAGGAAGUUAGGCGCUUCCGGCAGCAAUUCGCACAGCUGGCCGGACCAGACAUGGAAGUGGGUCCCUCUGGCCUGAUGAACAUUCUCAACAAAGUGCUUUCUAAGCACAAGGAUCUGAAGACCGACGGCUUCAGCCUGGACACCUGCCGGAGCAUUGUGUCUGUCAUGGACAGCGACACGACUGGGAAGCUGGGCUUUGAAGAAUUUAAGUAUCUGUGGACCAACCUCAAGAAAUGGCAGUGUAUUUAUAAGCAGUGUGACAGGGACCAUUCCGGGACUCUGGCAAGUUCUCAGCUGCGGGGAGCUCUGCAGGCAGCAGGCUUCCAGCUGAACGAUCAGCUGUACCAGAUGGUUGUGCGCCGCUAUGCCGAUGACGACGGAGGGAUGGAUUUUAACAACUUCAUCAGCUGCCUGGUCCGCCUGGAUGCCAUGUUUCGUGCCUUCAAGUCUCUAGACAGGGACGCAGAUGGCCUGAUUCAGGUGUCUCUCCAAGAGUGGCUGCAGCUGACCAUGUAUUCCUGAAGUGGCACUAAGAUUCACCACCCUUCCUGGAGGACAGGACUUCCCAGAGCCUUGCCAUGCUGUCCACACAGUUGCUGAUACCCUGACCCACAGCUGUCGCUUCCCAGCAAGGUCUCUCACAACCCUAUGUGAUUGGUUUCUACAUUUUACUGCUUCAUUAAAGCUCAUUUUUUAU